CUUCAGUCAGGCUGGCGGCUCUGUCCUCGUCGCGUCCCACCACAGCAACACACUGACAGAACAUCGCACUCAGGUUAAGUCUGCACCCUACAGCACUUCAGCCUCCGCAUCAAUCCGUGUCUGCCGCAGAAGCUGUUGUUCUUGAUCUUUUCACAGGCACACACAGAGACGCUAAGACACACACACACACUCGCCAAUAUGGGAUGUGGAGCGUACCGAUGGACGGAGAUCGUGGUGGCCACCCUGCUGGGCCUGCUGGCCACCGUGGCAGCAGUGAUCGGCUCCGUCACUUUCCACCAAUGUACCGAGAACGGCUGGAUUGACUACUGGCUCAUAUUUCACGGGGUGAUCACACUGGGUGCGCUGAUGGGCAUCAUGAUGUGGCGACAGGCGCCCAUCCCCGGACGGCACAUCAACGCCCUCGUCUAUCUCACUUGCUUCCUCAUCUUCAUCAACCUCGGCUGGCUGCUCCUGGGUAACGUUCAAAUCGGUCUCGCGUAUUCGUUCUGUAACGGAGCUGUCUCUCCUGAUGUUUACCUUGGCAUCCCCCUUGACUGCUCCUCCAAACUCCUGCCGUUUAUGUUGUCUGUUGUCAUCAUAUUCGAUGUCUUCUACAUUAUCCUGCUGGCGAUGCUGUGCGGCCAGGCCUGUAACUGGGGCCCUGACACUGAGGAAGAAGACACGAUCUCAUAUCCCAGUUUUUGGUGGAUUUUGGUGGUCUUUGUCAUCGGAUGCCUCAUCAUAGCAGUGAUAGCGAUCGCUGUGGGCGCCACCUAUUUCAACGACUGCUACAGUGAUGACUGGGGCACUAUAUGGCUCAUUGUCUACGGGUCGGCAAAAAUCGGCAUUGUGAUUCUCGGGCUGUUUUGGUUCCGUUACCGCCCAGACGCCUUCACGAUGUGGUCCUCGCCUACCUGCUACCUCACCCUGCCGUUCUUCGUCUUCUUCCUCCUCCUGAUCGCCUUGUGGGUUAUCGGCAUGAUUCUGUCCAUCAACAUCCGGGAGGAGAGCUGCCUGGGAGUAGCGGCCUGCAAUGAUAUGCUGCAGGUGACGGAGAUCGUCAUCAUAUCCUUCUUCUACCUCAUCACUAUUGUCAUCGUCUACUAUGGCAUUAUCUUUUUCCUGGCUAUUCUCUUCUUCUUUGGCAUCACCAUAGUCUACCACUGCAGCGGGGAAUUACAGGAAAACGAGGACGAAGUCAAGUCUGUUAAGCAGCAGGAGGUAUAGACGCCAGCGACCUUCCUUGACACGACAAAAGUGGGCAAAGCUAGUAAAUAAAGGGCCUUGGAAAACAUUAGACCGAGUCAACUUUUCAAAAUUAUUCUGUUAUGAACUAGUAACGAAUGGAAAAUUGUUUUGACAGAAAGGGCAACACAAUUGCCAUGCACAAGUAGCCUCGGUAACAAGAUAACAAUAAUAUUAAUUUUCAGUUAAUAUUGUCCAAAAAUGAAACAAGCUUGACACUCACGUCUUAAAUUCACAGACAUUAUAUGCCUUCAAAGGGAUAUUAGCUGGCAAUGAUGAAGAUGGCAGAUGGUAAGUCUUUGAUGCUCAGAAGCAGACCAUCUCGCCUUUUGCAGUCACCUUACUUCAUUUUGCCCUUAAUGUUCUCCAAACGCAGUCUUCUUUACAGGACUGACUGUAAUAACGUCAUACCUUAGAACAGAUAACGAUGGAAAGGUCUCGCUUGUACGGGAAUAUUCUGAAUCAUAUUAAGUGCAGACACAAUUAUCUUCCCGCCUUAAUGUGUUCACUACGAUAGCCAUUCCUUUAUUAACACUGAAAGUAACAGAAAAACUAACUAAAUAAAAUGGUUUGCAUGAACAAUAAUAAGAAUAAGAAAAAACGAAUGUAAACUAUGUCAUUUCUUUGCUGCAGAAUAAAUUAGGAGGACUGUAGUGCAGGAAUAAGCAUCUGAAAGGUUGCAGAUGUCAACAAGAAAAAAAAAAAACUCUGUAGAACUGAAAGGAUUACACUGAUGCAUGUGAGGUAUAAAUCUUCAUUUGGUGGGUUUUCGGUUUAAUCUCCUGUAAUAAAGCUGCAGGGCUAGAUAAAUACAGUCGCUCUUGCCUUGUUCCAGCGGACACAAUCUCACUUAUUUUCAGUCACUCGUAGCAUUGGCCACCAAAAAGAACUAAUGAGAUUCCGCAUUUUCUGUUUGUGUGUGUGUCUAUUUACAGGAAAGGAGUAACCCAAACACCACCAGGACCACCACCGCCAGCAACAGCACAGCAACACAGUACCACUUUCCCAUCUUCACAUCUCAGCAUCCGUCCAAGAUAUAAAUUGUGCUGAAUGAAGAAUUUUAUUAAUAGUUUUGUUGGUGAAAUGAUUUGCUCUUAUGUUUGACGUAUUCUUCUCAAUUUCUGUUUUUCUAUCCGUAUGUUUGCUCUCUCUCUCUCUCUCUCUCUCUCUCUCUCUCUCUCUCUCUCUCUCUCUCUCUCUCUCUCUCUCUCUCUCUCUGUAUAUCUUUAAUAUUUAUUACCUGUUUUCUUGAUAAGUAUUGACUUAAGUUUUCAUUGCGUAUCUAUGUACAGAGCACUGUUUUAAGAGUUUUAUCGUAUCGCACAGUCAUCAACCAGUAGGAAUGAAAACAAAAUAUGAGACAAACGCACCAGUGAGUAUUACGUUCACUAUUGUUGGAAGGCAGACUGGCGUAACAAUAUUCAUUUCGUAUUGUUUGUCCUGAUUCAUACACGAAAGAGUACCUCAUCUCCCAUGAAUCUUGUAGAACAUAGAUUAAGUAGAUAAACAAAUAAAUUGAUAAAUGAAUAAA